CAACGAGGUGUUUAAUGUGCAAACGGUUGGAGGGGCUAAUUUUAGCUGAAGAGCAUCGGCGCUGAUACAAAAUGCCGCGGAUCGAUCAAAGGCCUCUCUGUUGUUAUUCUUAGGACGGUCUUUGUAGCCGCGGGCAGCGUAGAGGACAUUUUCAAACGCCUCCUGGUGUCUUCAGCUUCUGCCUCCCUUUAAGUGCACAGUAUAUGCUCCCUGCAGUUUAAAAGACAGAGCAGGGUGUUCUAUUUAUAGCUUUUUUUGUUGGAGAAAGAGAGGAGGAGGAGGAGAUGGAGAGAAAGGUGGAAAGGCAAGGGAGGAAAGCAUCUUGGAGAAAUUCUUCACUGUGAAGUUUCCUGACAUCCAUGUGAACAAAACCAGACAAAUGUAGUUGUUAUUUAUUCACAUGCUUUUUGUUUAAAAACAGAGGAUUCUUUGUUUCUUUCUUUUUUCUUUCUUUCUUUCUUUCUUUCCUUCUUUCCUUCUUUCUUCUUUCCUUCUUUCCUUCUUUCUUCUUUCCUUCUUUCUUUCCUUCUUUCUUUCUUUCCUUCUUUCCUUAUUUCUUUCCUUCUUUCUUCUUUCCUUCUGUCUUUCUUUCGUUCUUUCGUUCUUUCUUUCCUUCUUUCCGUGUUUAUUUCAUUCUUUCUUCUUUCCUUCUUUCUUUCUUUCUUUCCUUCUUUCUUUCCUUCUUUCUUUCUUUCUUUCCUUCUUUCUUUCUUUCCUUCUUUCUUUCUUUCCUUCCUUCCUUUAUUUCUUGCCUUCCUUCUUUCUUUCUUUCUUUCCUUCUUUCUUUCCUUCUUUCUUUCUUUCCUUCUUUCUUUCCUUCCUUCCAUCUUUAUUUCUUGCCUUCCUUCUUUCCUUCCUUCUUUCUUUCCUUCUUUCUUUGUUUCUUUCCUUCUUUCUUUCCUUCUUUCUAUCCUUCCUUCUUUCUUUCUUUCUUUCCUUCCUUCCUUCUUUCCUUCUUUCUUCCUUCCUUCUUUCUUUCUUCCUUCUUUCUUUCUUCCUUCCUUCUUUCUUUCUUUCCUUCCUUCUUUCCUUCUGUCCUUCCUUCCUUCUUUCCUUCUUUCCUUCUUUCCUUUUUUCUUUCUUUCUUUCCUUCUUUCUUUCUUUCUUUCUUUCUUUCUUUCUUUCCUUCUUUCCUUCUUUAUUGUUUUAUUUCCUUCAGACCCAUAAAAUCUGCAGCUGAAAUUGAGAUGAUACCAAUCCACCUAUGAGAUGACGCUGUACUCUUGGGCUCUUGAGAUGUAUUUUUUAAACCUUCUCCUCUCCUGACACAUCAGCACCUGAGAACUCAGCUGUUAGUCUUCUGCUAUCUUUAGUUUCACUCAUGGUUUCACCCUCCUGUUGUUUUCAUUUACGGGCACCAAAAAAAACAGUUCCCUUGUCUGAAUUUUUUUUUUUAAUUCAGCAAGAAAAAUUUGCCAAAUUUCUGAAAAUUUUCAAAAACUUUUAGGAAGAAAAUUCCAAAAAUUCAUUAAAAGUAUCCUUUGAAAAUUUUAUUCAAAAAAUAAAGAAAUUUGGUAAUAAAAUUUAUGUAAAUAUUUUUCAAAAAAAUAGUAAAAAUCUUCCAAAAAAUCCUAAAAAUAUCUAAAGUGAUUACAUAUAUAUCAGUAAAACUUCUAAUAUUUUCUUUAAGAACAUUCACAAAAAAUCAGCCAAAUCCAGUGAAUUUCCCUGGAUUUUAUUGUGAAUGCUAAACUUUUUUACAUUUUUUUUUCCACCAAAACAUUUUCAAAAAAUUCCCCAAAAUGUACAAAAUAUGGACAUCACAAGUUCAACUGUGAAAAUAUAUAUUUUUUCCAUAUUUUCAAACUUUAAAUUUGCAAAACCUUCAGGAAGAAAAUUGCAAUAAUUCCUUAAAGGUUUCCCUUAAAAGUUUUACUAAAACGCUAAGACAAAUCUUGUAAAUAUUUUCAAAAAAUGAGUAAACAUAUUCCUAGAAGAAAAUCCUAAAAAUAUCUAAAAUGAUUCCAUAUAUAUCAGUAAAACUUCUAAUAUUGUCUUUAAGAAUAUUCAGCAAAAAAAUUUGCUGAAUAUGCUUAAGAAACAUUUCUUUUUUUUCCCACUAAAAAAAAUGUUCAAAAAUUUCCCAAAAAUGUUGAAAAUUUGGAGAUCAGAAGUUUCACUGUGAUAAUAUUUAUUUCCACAUUUUCAAACUUCAAAUUUGCAAAACCUUCAGGAAGAAAAUUCCAAAUAAUUCUUUAAAAAUUUCCCUUGAAAAUUUUAUUUUAAAAUAUCUCCCAAAUUUCAUAAGAAAAUUCUUUGAAAUAUUUUCAAAAGAUGAGUAAAAAUCUUCCAAAAAAAUACCAAAAAUAUCUAAAGUGAUUACAUAUAUAUCAGUAAAACUUCUAAUAUUUUCUUUAAGAACAUUCACAUAAAAAUCAACCAAAAUCCAACGAAAUUCACUGGAUUUUGGUCGAUUUUAAUGUGAAUGUUCUUAAGAAACAUUUUUUCCCCACCAAAAAAUGUUCAAAAAUUUCUAAAACAUGUGGACAUCAUGUGUAUAUUGAAUAUAUAUAUAUAUUUUUCCACAUUUUCCAACUCUGAAACAGAUGAUUUUGACCUGUAGGACGACACCAGAUUGAACUACAGCGCUUCUUUCCGUUUUGAGCCUCGGUGCUGCAGCUCUGCUCCGUCAUUAGUCUUGCUUUGAUCCGGCGGUGCAGUGCAGCACUCUGCAGCUCGCUCUGCUGAAACCAGGGCAGACAGGGAGAGGCAGAUGGGACCGAGCAGCUCAGCCGAGGACAGAGCAGUCCUGCUGCAGGUGGCUGCCACAGCAUCGUUGUUGUUGUUGUUGUUAGGGAGUGUGUGUUGUCAGGGAUGGUAGCAUGCCCACAGGAGCACGCUUGAGCAGUCACCCAGACUGGCACUGUGCUUACCGGCUUGUAAUUAGGAGACGAGCGCUGUGGGACUUGGAGCUAAUCCAACAGGGCAGCCCUGGCAUCGGACCACACCCCGUCAUUAAAAGGUGUUGGGCUUUAUGCUCACUAACUCCUGACCUGGUAUCAGCCACUCAUUCUGUUCUGUCCACACCUGAGAAACACAGAGUCUUGGAAAAAGGCGAGUUUAGAUCUUUAUGACUAAAAUUAACCCUUGUGCCGUCCUGUGGGUCAAUUUGACCCGGUUAAAGUUUGAAAAUGUGUGUGUGUGGGGGGGGAAUUAUAUACUUCUGAUGUCCACAUUUUGAACAUUUUUGGGACAUUUUUGAACAUUUUUUUGGUGGAAAUAAAAAGAAAAGUUUCUUAAAGAACAUUCACAAAAAGAUCAUAAAAAAGAAGCACAUUUGCCACACUUGAGGAAUUUUUAAAAAUAGAAUUUUAAAGGGAAAUUUUUACGGAAUUAUUGGAAUUUUCUUCCUGAGCGUUUUGCAAAUUUUCAGAAAUUUGGGGAAUUUUUUUUAAAAGACAAAAGUGACAAAUGUUUCUUGAGAACAUUCACAAAAAAUCAACCGAAAUCCAGUGAAUUUUGCUGGAUUUGGUUGAUUUUUUUGUGAAUGUUCUUAACGAAGGUCUUAGAAUUUUUACCAAUAUGUAUGUAAUCACUUUAGAUAUCUUCUGAUUUUAUUUAAUGAUUUUUACUCAUUUUUUGAAAAUGCAAGAAUUUUCUUGCCAAAUUUGGGGGACUUUUUUAAAUAAAAUUUUUAAUUGAAAAUUGUUAAGGAAUUAUUGGAAUUUUCUUCCUGAAUGUUUUGCCGAUUUAAAGUCUGAAAAUGUGGGGGGAAAAAAUAUUUUUACAGUAAAACCUCUGAUCUCCACAUUUUCAAUGUUUUUGGGAAUUUUUUGAACAUUUUUUGGUGGGAAAAAAAGGAAUAUUAAAAAUGUUGCUUAAGAACACUCACAUAAAAAUCAACCAAAAUCCAACCAAAUUUGUAUUUUGGUUGAAUUUUAGUUGAUUUUUAUGUGAGUGUUCUUAAAGAAAAUAUUAGAAGUUUAACUGAUAAUCACUUUAGAUAUUUUUAGGAUUUUUUUGGAAGAUUCUUACUCAUUUUUUGAAAACAUUUACAAGAAUUUUCUUGCCACAUUUGUUUUUUUUUUUUUAAUAAAACUGUAAUUUCCUGAAGAUUUUGCAAAUUUUCUGAAAUUUGGGGAUUAUUUCUUCUUUUGCUGAAUUUUGGGAUUUUUUUUUCCAGUCAAGGAAACAGUAUUUUUUGGUGCCUGUAAAUGAAGACAACAGGGGGAUUAAAGCCAUGAAGGGGGUUGUUUGGCGUUACAGGGAAAGUUGUUUGUUCAGUAAUGAGGGAAAAUGAAGGAGAAAGGAUUACUGCCCUCUAGGGGCGUUGUUUCAGGAAGUACACAAUGUUUUUUCCUCAGUUUCUGUCACACCAGUCGUUUUUGUUUUGUUUUUAAAGUUAUGCUGGAAAUAAGUGGUUAAAGAACUUUCCAGAUUCUUAGCUAAAAAAUAUCAAAAAUAAAUGGAAUAAAUUUGCAGAUAAGGCCCCAGCAAACAGGAUGCACCGCUUUUCUGUGGUGUUUUAAAUGCCAAAUAUAGUGGGGGAAAAAGAAAACAUUUCACCUUUAAAUGUAGCAGCGGUUCAGUAGUAAAUGUACUGAAUUACCUUUGAAUACUGCUUGAAAUAUAAACAUUGGUGUGUUCUCUGCAUUAACCCUCCUGUUGUCCUCAUUUUCAGGCACCGAAAGUUUUCAUUGUCCGAAAAAAAAUUCAGCAAAAAAAUUCCUCAAAUUUCUGAAAAUUUGCAAAACAUUCAGGAAGAAAAUUCCAAUAAUUCCUUCAAAGUUUUAUUUUAAAAAAAAAUCCCCCAAAUAUGGCAAGAAAAUUCUUGUAAAUAUUUUUCAAAAAAAUGAAUAAAAAUCUUCCAAAAAAAUCCUAAAAAAUAUGUAAAGUGAUUCCAUACAUAUCAGUAAAACUUCUAAUAUUUUCUUUCACAACAUUCACUAAAAAAUCAACCAAAAUCCAGCAAAAUUCACUAGAUUUUGGUUGUUUUUUUUGGUGAAUGUUCUUCAGAAACAUUUUUAACAUUCCUUUUAUUCCACCAAAAAAUGUUCAAAAAUUUCUCAAUUUUUUUAAAAAUGUGGAUAUCAGAGGUGUCACUGUGAAAAUACUGUUUUUCCCACAUUUCAAACUUUAAAACGGGUCAGAUUGACCUGCAGGACGACACGAGGGUUAAUCUGCAGGUUUUCAUCGUUUAGUCAGUAACUCUGCCGGGUUUUCAGGCACAAUGAGACACAUGUCCACCUGCGCUCCUUCCACCGUCGUAUGGAGAAUCACUGGCAUACUAACACACUCACACACGCCCUCCUCCACCCUCUGGGGGUGACAAAUGUGCCGGGUUAAGCUCAGCCAACCAUGAACCCCAUCUCACAGGAAACCUGAAGCUGUCAGAGCAGAUGGGCAGAUGCUGCAGAGCUCAGAAACGUGCACAAAACCAGACGACACGAAGUAAUAUGAACGACCACGCAAAUCUCCGUCUGUCUAAUGAACAGGUGGUCUGAAUGCACGAAGCGACCGAGAAGUCACUGGAAACCAGUGAUGAGCAGGCUGCAGGGCUGGAUGAGCUCCAGGUGUGGAUGUGGUGUUGACCCGGGACAAGCAGGGAAUGAUUCACAGCGAGCCGUUCUUCUAGUGGGUUUAAUCUGAAGUAUGGAGGCGGGUUUGGCAAUCCUGUGCCGUGCGGGGCGACGACAUAUGGAGUCCAAAUGAAGCGAGUUCAUGUUCAGGAGCCCCGAGCAGUUUGUGCCUCAAGGUUGGAGGGUUGGUCUGCAGAGAGAUUUAUGAAUGAAGGGAUGGAGCACGCCUGCCUUCAGUCCUUCAACCCCCGAUGACUUUCAGCAAACGGUGGAUGGUCAAGAGAGGAGGCAGAGAGGUGAACGGAGGAAAGCUGGCACGUGACCAGAGAAUCCUACGCACCAGUGUGAAAUAUGAUCGAGAGCCAAGCAAGAGCACCUGGCAGGCAGACGGACGGGUUCAGGACUUUACUAGCAAAGAGAAAAAUGAGCCUGGUGCUGCACAAACAGAGGUCCGCUUACGGUUCUGGCUCGUCGCAGCGAUGGAGGACAGACGAGUGAAAAGAAAUCACCAAGAGGUUUCACAGUGUCCUCUAUAAAGGUACCGGUCAGAGAUGUCAAACUCAUCUUAGUUCAGGUCCACAUUCAGCCCAGUUUGGUCUCAAGUGGACCGGGCCAGCAAAAUCAAAGCAUAAUAACCUAUAAAUAACCACAACUGCUAAUGUUUCCUUUGUUUUAGGGCAAAAAAGUAAAUUCUGAAUCAUCAGGAUUUCUACAAAGGAACAAAACAUUCAGCCACAGGUGUCUGGAACUGAAUGAUGUAGUAUUUUAAUUUAUCAUCAAAAUGACAAAGAACAACAAAAACAAAACAAAAUUAUACAAAAAUGAAACACAAAAUGACCAAAAAAUGCACGAAUGACAAAAACAAGACAAAGAAAAUGACACAAAUGAUACAAAUGAGACCAAAAAUGCCAAAAGCAAGAAACGAAACAGCACAAAAGCAGACAAACAACACAAAAGAGAGAAAAAAAAUCACAAAACGAUACACAAAACAACGAAUAAGCAAAACACAAAAUGAUAGAAAUAAGACAACACACAAGCUAAACAAAAAGGAAUCACAAAACGACAAAAACGAGAAAGAAAACGAUGAAAGUCAGACAAAAAACAACAAAAACAGAACAAAAUAUUACAAAAUAAGAUGCAAAAUGACAAAGGAACAAUGAGCAAUCUAGUAUUUAAAUCUUUUAUGAUCAAAACAACUUUUCAUGGUCUAGAAUUUAUUUUAAAUUUAUAGUUUUACUAAUUUACAAUCUGCAGUUAAUGUCUUUUCUAUAAUUUUUACACUUUGAGGGCCGGAUUGGACCCUCUGGAGGACCGGUUUUGGCCCACAGGCCGCAUGUUUGACACCCCUGGUCUAGGUUCUAGUUUUCUUCAGUUUAGUCCAGGAGAACAUUUAUGUCUACAAGGAUGUUGUCUGUUUCCAGAGCAGCGCUGUGAGGAUCUGUGUUUUUGCUCUUCGUCCAACUGGAUCCAGUGGAACCUUGUUGCUAUCUGGAACAUCUGUCUGCCUGUCUGUCUGCCUUCCUUCCUUCCUUCCUUCCUUCCUUACUUACCUCCUUCCCUCCUUCCUUCCUUCCUUCCUUCUUUCCCUCCUUCCUUCCUUCCUUCCUUCCUUCCUUCCUUCCUUCCUUCCUUCCUUCCUUAAUUCCUUCCUUCCUUCCCUCCUUCCUUCCUUCCUCCCUUCCUUUCCUCCUUCCUUCCUUCCUUCCUUCCUUCCUUCCUCCCUUCCUUUCCUCCUUCCUUCCUUCCCUCCUUCCUUCCUUCUUUCCCUCCUUCCUUCCUUCCUUCCUUCCUUCCUUCCUUCUUUCCCUCCUUCCUUCCUUCCUUCCCUCCUUCCUUCCUUCCUUCCUUAAUUCCUUCCUUCCUUCCCUCCUUCCUUCCUUCCUCCCUUCAUUUCCUCCUUCCUUCCUUCCUUCCUUACUUCCUUCCUUCCUCCCUUCCUUUCCUCCUUCCUUCCUUCCCUCCUUCCUUCCUUCCUUCCUUAAUUCCUUCCUUCCUUCCCUCCUUCCUUCCUUCCUCCCUUCCUUUCCUCCUUCCUUCCUUCCUUCCUUCCUUCCUUCCUUCCUCCCUUCCUUUCCUCCUUCCUUCCUUCCCUCCUUCCUUCUUUCCUUCCUUCCUUCCUUCCUUCCUACCUUCCUUCCUUCCCUCCUUCCUACCUUCCUUCCUUCCUUCCUUCCUUCCUUCACGCUGCAGACAGAUUUACCGCUGCUCCUUAAGACUCUGCCACCGCCUGAUUAGACUCUUAAUCUAACUGGAUGCGUGAGCGAGUUCAGACAAGCUUCUUUCACCGCUGGAUAAUGAGUAACAGGCCAUAUGGGAGCGUGAGGAGGAGGCUGGAUGCAGCCGUGGAACCUCCCUGUCCAACGAUUACCAAAAGGGCUGAAUCCAGAAUUAGCGUCCAGCUGCCUGAAUGAUAACCAGGAGGUGGGAGGCCCUGCCAGGAUCUUCAGCGUGGCUCUGGUUGUGGUGUUUCCUCUGUCUCCCAGACCAGGCUGAUAGACGGAGGUGUGGCUGCAGUGACGAGAUAGUGUGAUGGAGGUGCCGCUUGUCAACUUUGAAAACAUGGAUGAUGUCGGCAUCAACCUGGGAGACCCGAACGACUCUGGAUACCCGACCUCUCCCACCUCAGAGGGCCCCGAUCAGACUCUCCUAACCCACCGUUUGACUUCUCCUCACCAGUCGCCACACAGAGGACGGCGUGGGCAUCACUCCGCUCAGGAGGGGUUGUCGCCUUCCACUCCUCCGACUCUGACCACGAAGGCGAACUCCAGCAGCGGCAGUUUGAUCUCCAAUCUGAAGCUCCUGAUCAACAGUGAGUCUCCCACUGACAGCGUCUUCAGCAAGAUGCCGAAGGAACACUAUGAAAAUGAAGACUUGUUUGAAAGGCACUGCCUGGAAGAAAAAGAUGAGAAAGUCAUCAUUAAUGUUUCGGGCUUGAUGUUUGAGACCCAGCUCAGCACCCUGAACAGGUUUCCGGAGACGCUGCUCGGUGACCCCAUGAAGAGGAUAAGCUACUUUGACCCAAUGAGAAAUGAGUACUUUUUUGACAGAAACCGCCCGUCCUUCGAUGGGAUUCUCUACUACUACCAGUCAGGGGGCAGAAUCCGCAGACCAGCCAAUGUUCCCUUGGAUGUUUUUGCUAAUGAAAUAGUUUUCUAUGAGCUGGGUCACGAAGCGAUGGAGCAGUUCCGCGAAGACGAAGGCUUCAUCAAAGAGCCCGAAGUCCUUUUGCCCAGCAACGAGCUCCAGCGACAGUUCUGGCUCCUGUUUGAAUACCCAGAGAGCUCCAGCGCUGCCAGAUCUGUAGCUCUGGUUUCUGUGUUUGUCAUCGUCAUAUCCAUCUUCAUCUUCUGCCUGGAGACUCUGCCAGAGUUCAGGGACGACAAUGACUUUCCUCCGGGUUUAACCCAAAUUAUUAACGGGACCCAAGACGGUUCCGCCCCGCAUCCCGCCGCUAAAGACAUCAUGGCGUACGUCACAGACCCCUUUUUCAUCGUGGAGACUAUCUGCAUCAUUUGGUUCUGCUUCGAAGUCGGCGUUCGCUUUGUGGUGUGCCCCAGCAAGAGUGAUUUCUUCAACAACAUCAUGAAUAUCAUCGACAUCGUGUCUAUAAUUCCCUACUUUGUAACCCUGGGAACAGAGCUGGCUACCACGCCCGACGACGACAUGAACUCCAGUCAGAACAUGUCCCUGGCGAUCCUAAGAAUCAUCCGACUCGUGAGGGUCUUCAGAAUUUUUAAGCUUUCCCGACACUCGAAGGGGCUUCAGAUUCUGGGGCAGACCCUGAAGGCCAGCAUGAGGGAACUGGGGCUGCUCAUCUUCUUCCUUUUCAUAGGAGUCAUCCUGUUCUCAAGUGCCAUCUACUUUGCAGAAGUGGAUGAGCCCCAGACGCAGUUCGUCAGCAUCCCUGACGGCUUCUGGUGGGCCGUGGUGACCAUGACCACCGUGGGCUAUGGAGACAUGUGCCCCAUCACCAUGGGGGGAAAAAUGGUCGGCACUCUCUGUGCCAUUGCCGGUGUCCUGACCAUCGCCUUGCCCGUCCCCGUCAUCGUCUCCAACUUUAACUAUUUCUACCACCGAGAGACUGAGCAGGAGGAGAAACAGGUGAUGGAUGCGGCAGCAGAGGCUGCCCAGAAAAUGUCAGCGGCUAACAAGUACGGAAGCACGCUUUCACUGAACAAAAGUAACGGCACCUGGCAGAACGAGAAGAACGGCAUGCACUGAUAGGACGGCGUUUAUUUACACAAAGGGCAUGGAAAACACACACGGACAAACCAAACAUAUCCAUCAGUGAGACACACCGGGUGAUCAGCUCAUCCUCCUUGCUGUUUUGUACUCAAACAUGGCAGCAUUUGUGCGGUUAAUUACAGUAUUAAUAGGCACUGUGUGGCGGGACGGCAUUUACACGAGCCGUCUGCCUGCAUGUGGAUGUGUCAAAGUGCAAUUAACACAACUCAGCAGCUACUGUCAGUUAGCUUUGGUGGGAAAGACUGAAAGGAACGUGAUAGCUCAUAGGUGCUACAGACAGUAGCACAAAUGAGCUUGAAAAUGUAGAUUGUCAGAUCGAAUAUUGUACAGACAAGAAAGGUAAUGCAGGUUGUGAAAUGUCCUUCUGGGUGAGUUUAUCCCACUUGAGAAAAGAAAACAAAAGGGUGUGCUAAUCGUAGCAUUUGAACUGGAAGUAUACUCAGAUCUCAUAUUCCGUCACAGCUCCAUGUUAGUCGGCACGCCGUCGCAUUCAGCAAAAUCUAGAUAGGACUUGGCAUGGUUUUCAAGGGCAAGCGAAUGUGUCCAGUGUAAGGCAAGAGGACAUCAGCGCACACAUUGUCUUAUCAGCAAAUCCAUAGUUGUGAACGCUCAGCCAGCAGCGCCUCUCCGUGUGACAGAACAAUAUCUGUAGCCGGCAUGUUAGUCUUGUAGGUAAGCUGCAAAGUAUAGAUCAAACCAUUUAAUGUCUUAUAGCACGACAUGCGGCAGCUUCAGAUGAUAAAACCACAGGCUGUUUUUUGUGUUUUUGCUCCAAAACCAUGCAGAUUUAGCUGUGUAAGGAUCGCCCUAUAACGUGUUAUGGUAAUGUGACUUUUCCCCUUUAAAAACCGGAUCAAGUCGUUGCACUGAGAGCUUUAUUCCACGUAUCACUCACGCACUUUUUGGAGCUUUACAUCAUCCACUGUUGGCAGGGAAAAAAAAAAUCAUUAGAAUGUAUAGAAAAGUGAGAUAUAUAUUUGUGAUCAGAGCGAGAGAAGGCACUCUUAUUUGAACGUUUCUCCAUUUGCCUCUAUUCUCUCAUUUUUUUAUUGCAUGGCAUCGUGUGCCGAAAUGAGGUUUAACUCCUAUUACCAGUAACUGAAAGUUUGACUUAUUUAUCGUGGCUGAAUGUAUUAAGAGUAUUUUAAUCAUAUGCUAAUUAUCAUUAUAUUCCACGUGAUAGGGAAAGCCAAUACCUUAACCGGAUUUGUGAAACGAAGACGAUAUAAAGAUGAAAGUGCACAGUUCGAGCAAAAAUAAAACGAGCUGGUACAAUAUAUGCAUGCCACAUUUCAGUCUUGAGAAUGUAUAAAUACAUAUAAACGCAGCUUGUAUUGAAAUGUAAAUGGAUGUAACUCAGUCAAUGCCUUUCUAAUAAUCCUACAAUAUGCAAUAAUGACGUGUGGGUGGAGGGGUAGCGUUUUGUUUUUUCGCCCACGGAAAGAGCAAUACCUGCGGUUAGAAUGAAAUGCAAUAAGGUGACGUCCAUCCGUCCGUCACUUGGGUACUCAGCACUUUACGAUGUAAUGAAGCACUUAAUAUUUGAGGACUGUUGCUGUCUGUGUCAACACUGUACGGUAUCAUCAUUUGCUCUGUUUAAUUCGUCCUGCAGAGAGUGCCUUCCAUUAAACACGUAUCAUAACUGUG